AUGUAUUUCCGGAUAGAGACCACUUCGGACGCAUAUUCUAUAACCAAGCAAGAAGUAUGUGUGGAAUACAUAGCUUUGAAACAUAGGCUCACUGUAGUAGUGAGCGCCCAAGGUAUCGCGCAGAUCUCGGUGGUGAUGGGCCCUUGCACAGCCGGCGGUGCUUAUGUGCCUGCGAUGUCUGAUGAAUCGAUCAUCGUCGAGAAACAGGGUACUAUCUUUCUAGCAGGCCCACCAUUGGUGAAAGCUGCUACGGGAGAAGAAGUCUCGGCAGAAGCUCUGGGAGGCGGAAAGCUGCACAGCGAAAUAUCUGGCGUUACUGACUACCUAGCGGUUGACGAUGCGCAUGCUUUGGUGUUGGCUAGGCGCUCAAUCAGCAACUUAAACUCAACCAGCCCUACCUUCAAGUCCACUGAAAUCAAGGAGCCUUUAUAUGAUCCGGAAGAGCUCGCAGGCGUCGCCGGUACCAAUCUCAGGAAGCAUAUUUCAGCUCAUGAGAUCAUUGCUCGUAUUGUUGAUGGUAGUGAGUUCUCAGAGUUCAAAAAGGAUUAUGGGACAGCCCUCGUCACAGGGUUUGCGCGAAUCUUUGGACAUCAAGUGGGUAUUGUAGCAAAUAAUGGCAUCCUCUUCUCCGAGUCAGCACUCAAGGGCGCUCAUUUUAUCCAACUAUGCGCACAGCGAGACGUACCGCUAGUCUUCCUCCAGAACAUCAGUGGCUUUAUGGUUGGUGCAGAUGCCGAAAAAGGUGGCAUUGCCAAAAAUGGAGCAAAAUUGGUGACCGCUGUGGCAUGUGCUGAUGUGCCCAAGUUCACGGUCGUCUUUGGUGCCAGCGCUGGAGCAGAAAUCACCCAGAAAGAGCGGACUGGACAAGAAAUGAAUCAGAUAGAUGCUGUUACUAAUUUGACAACCAGCGGACGAGCUUACUCUCCCCGAUUCCUUUGGAUGUGGCCUAAUGCAAAGAUCGGUGUCAUGGGCUCGAGCCAACUCUCGGCUGUCAUGGAGACCGUGGGCAAAUCCGUGGAUCCAGAACUCAAGGACCGCAUAGAACGUGAAAGCGACGCCGUUUUUUCUUCCGCGAGGCUCUGGGAUGACGGAGUGAUUCCACCGGCACAUACAAGAAGAGUGCUUGGACUCGGCUUGAGAGCUGCUCUGAGUGGUAAAAGGCCAGAGGAAAAAGCGACAAAGUUUGGUAUCUUCAGGAUGUGA